ACCAUAAGCUCCGCCGUCCCCUGCAGCCACGCUAAGGGGCUUAACUGCGAACGAGCGGGGACUCCAGCGAAUUAUUGCUGUGCUUGCAUCCUGAGCCCUUCCUGCUUCAUCAAUACUGCAGGCAGCUGUCGAGUGACUGGCAGCCGUCCCUACCGCAGCCUCUCGCAGGACGCGCUUAAAGGACUCGAGACGCACGAAGCGACACCCGGGGGAGGCCGGAGAGCCGAGGAGCGAAGCGGCCGGCCGGCCGGCCAGGUCUGUUAAAGAGUUGGAAAAAAGAAGAAAGAGAAGAACUCAAGUGCAAGAUGUGAUGAAGGAUCAUGGGCACCUACAAGUUGAGGCAACUCUCAGAUUGACGACCGUCUCCUGGCAUGCUGAAGUGCUGUGUCAUACGUUUCAUCUCAGGAGUGUAUUUCUUUGUGAGGAAAGCUGUACAAGUCACCAACACUUUUUCAGCGUAAGAUUUCUCAAUCACUGCUAUAAGCCUCAAAGAAUUAAUGAAGUUAGAUGUGCAAAGUGUAGCGCUGACACCAAGGACAUGUAACAGUUGUGGAUAAUUCAGGACAUGCUCCAGAAAAUGCAAGAGAACGGAUUGCAAAAAGGAGCAGAUGACUGAACAUGACUCUACCAGAUCUGACCUUUCCAGAGAAUACCUUCAGACGUGUUGUCGGAAGUUCAGCAUUUUCAUAAUGAGUGCCUGACAGCUCACUGGUUCUAAUCUUUCAGCUUUUUGCUUCCUUUAAUUCAUCUUUGCGCAUCAUGGGAGGAUGUCUCUCUAAGCCCAAACCAGUAGAGGUUAAAGUAGAGGUCAUCAUCCCAGAGAAAGACAAAGAAAAGGAAUCAAUGUCACCCAAUGGCAAAGCAAGUCCUAUUGCACACUGCAAAACCAAUGGUUCAGCCAAGCACCACUCUGAUGAGGACAAGUCAUUCCAACAGAACCUCUACAGGAACCCCAGGGAUUUUGUGGAGGCCACUGUAUGCCACGUCAAAGACCUGGAGAAUGGACAGAUGAGAGAAGUAGACAUGCCUGGAGGCAAAGUGCUUUUGAUAAAAGAAAAUGGAGAGUAUCGAGCUGUCAGUCAUAAGUGCCCCCACUAUGGAGCACCGCUAGUCAAAGGAGUGCUUUCUGAUGGAAGGGUGCGUUGCCCAUGGCAUGGGGCCUGCUUCAGCACUGCCACUGGAGACAUAGAAGACUUUCCUGGGUUGGACAGUCUGGCAAAGUUUCAGGUUCGAGUAGAGAAAGACAAGGUGAUCAUCCGUGCCAAUAAGCAGGCCCUGCAGUCACAGAAAAGGAUGAAGAGUAUGGCGAAGUGUGCCUCACUGAGCAGCUAUAGCCCAGGAGUCACCAGUGUUCUCAUCAUCGGAGCAGGUCCAGCCGGUCUGGUCUGCGCGGAGACACUCAGACAGGAAGGUUUUGCGGAACGAAUCAUUAUGUGUACCUUGGAUAGACAUCUGCCCUACGACAAGCCUAAACUGAGUAAGUCUUUAGAAUGCACUGUGGAUCAGCUAACUCUGCGUUCAAAAGAAUUUUUUCACCAGCAUGAUAUUGAGCUUCUGAAUGAGAAAGAGGUUGUGUCUUUAGACACAAAAACAAAAAUGGCCACCUUCAAAGAUGGAUUUCGAUUGGAAUUCAGGAAUCUUCUUAUUGCCCCAGGAAAGACGCCAAAGCAGCUAAACCUCAAAGGUGCAAACAUGGAAAACAUAUUUUACCUAAGAUCACCAGAAGAUGCCAACUGGAUAGCCAAGCUUGCAAGCAACAAGAACGCUGUCAUUGUUGGAGCAUCAUUUGUCGGUAUGGAGGUAGCAGCCUAUCUUGCAGAAAAAGCCCACUCAGUUUCUGUAAUUGGGGUAGAAGAUGUUCCUUUCAAAAAAGCACUCGGAGAGAAGGUUGGAAGGGCAAUCAUGAAGAUGUUUGAGAACAACCGAGUUAAGUUCUACAUGCUAAAUGAAGUAUCAGAGCUUCGUGGACAACAAGGAAAGCUAAAAGAAGUGGUGUUGAACAGUGGAAAAGUCCUACGGGCUGACGUUUGUGUCAUCGGUGCAGGUGCAGUCCCAGCAACUACCUUUUUAAAGCACAGCGGCAUCAAUGUAGACUCCAAGGGCUUCAUUCCAGUCACUAAGACAAUGCAGACUAAUGUUUCCGGAGUCUUUGCUGCAGGAGAUGUGGUCACCUUCCCCUUGGCAAUGCGGAACAAUAAAAAAGUCAAUGUACCACACUGGCAGAUGGCACACAUGCAAGGUCGAAUAGCAGCAUUAAACAUGCUUGGCCAAGUGACCGAGAUAAAGAAUGUCCCCUUCUUUUGGACAGCGAUGUUUGGGAAGAGCAUACGAUAUGCCGGUCAUGGAGAAGGGUUUGAUGACGUGAUCAUCCAAGGAGAUCUGGAUGAACUCAAGUUUGUGGCUUUCUACACAAAGAGUGAUGAGGUGAUUGCCGUUGCAAGCAUGAACUAUGACCCCAUCGUGUCCAAGGUAGCUGAGGUGUUUCGGUCUGGGAGAGCAAUUAAGAAGAGAGACGUGGAGAUGUUUAUUCGUCAUGGCAAGACUGGUGACAUGUCAUGGCUGAUCGGGAAGGGCCUUCAGCAGUAGCCACAGGUGCCAGGAGGUUACCCACCGCUCUUCAAUUUCUUUGGAAUGGUCCAUGACCAGUUUAAUCACUGACUGAAUGUUCUCUGCAAUGAUUUGGUCCAUCAGGAUUCCACAAAAUGGACAAGAAAAUCUUUAUGUCUAUCAACAAAGGAGACACAUUUGUACAUAUUGUAUAAACAAGAGUCAAUGUAACAAACAAUUUGUACAAGCAAAGAAAUCCUUAGUGGCCAUGUUUUAAGUUUGCAUAUCCAUCACCAGCACGCGCCUGACUGAGUGUGAAAACUUAAGCAUGUUCUCCAUGGAUCUGAGGAGCUAUAUAAUAAGAGCCUGUGCUGUGUACUAGAGCUUCUGGAUUGUAGCUCUGCAUGCAUAAACCUGUUGUUAGAAGGUACAAGACGCUGUCAUUUACAUAAUCAACCUGUGCCACGGAGUCAAUUGCCUGGCACCUCUUGUACUGUUUCAAGGCUUAACCACACCUUUUCUAUGGAAGCAAAUGGUAAGGCAAGUAAAUGUUGAAUUACUCCAGCAUAUCUGAGUAACCUAUUUACAGGACGUGUGCUUUUUCCGUUCAGUGAUACCAAACCAGUGGUUCAUCUGGGUGAGAAAAAGUACUUAUUUGUACUAUAUACUUCUUUCAAGGUUUACAUUUUGGGACCUUUACUUUAAAAAGACUGUGCAGCAGUGCCAUAUUGACUCAUGACAUCCAAGUAGCUCAACCAGUUUAAAACUGUUUUGGUAGGUGUACCUGCUCUUGAACACUGCUUCUAACUCAGGGAGUAAAAGCUUUGAGAGUCUGCCAUUUGAAGCUGUCUGCUGCUGCUGUAUCACAUGGAUGUAUGAAAUAAACACAAAAGUGGAGGCUACACAAGAAGCAGAAUUGUUAUAAUCACCAACUGCUUGCAAAUGUUUUAUAACAAU